AUGUCCAUCAAAUCAUCGGAGGGAUUCAAUAUCACUAUGCAUCCCGAUAACGACCUCCCCGCACUAUCGACUUGCACCACCUGUCGGUUCAAGGAAGAUUUCUCAAACUACUGGACGGCCAUCAUGUACUUCAAGCACUCGAACGGCAGUUUCAUUCGUGUUCCUCAAAUUCCCAAUCACUACACUGGAGCUCCUGAUGGAGGCAUGACGAUUUAUUACAUUCAACCCCCUGGCGGAGAGAAAGUGACCGCUUUUGCAAAGGGCUUCCGAAUGAUCACAGGGGACCCAAUGCGGCGUAGCAAACCCGAUCUGGACCCAGAGAGCGUCGAAGCUUGGUCUCUCUCGUUCCGAUGCUGGGAGACGACCGGUUUCUUUGAUUACUCUAACCUCUAUGCCCCUGGUGCUGGACCCUACGACACAGUCCAUCUUCCCAACAAGAAAUGUUGGUCAGCUAACGCCGAAUGCAAUCCAAAUUGGGGACUCGAUAGGUGCUGGGAUGGGGUAAACCUUGACAGUCCAAACCACAAGAGUCAUGUCGCCUUCCUCGAAGGAAAGGUCCCACCUGAGCGAGGAAUCUUCUUCAUGAACGGAACUUGUCCCGCCAGUCAUCCAGUUCGACUCCCCCUCCUGUUCUACGAGACGUACUGGGAUACGCGCCCGUUCGCCGACAUGUGGCCUGACGAUGGAACCCAACCCUUUGUCCUGAGCAUGGGAGAUCCAACGGGAUACGGACAUCACGGAGACUACAUCUUCGGAUGGGAAGGCGACUCACUUCAGCGCGCAAUGGAUAAAUGCCAUGAUGGCUUUGGAUGGCCCGAGGCUUGCGAAGAAUUGACCAUCCUCUCCGACGACGACAUCAACGCGUGUAAGCAACAGCCUCAGGUCGACGAGGUCGUGGAAGGCGAAUACCUUCCCGAGCUUCCCGGAUGCAACCCUAUUCAAGCUGGGCCCGGACGUGCGACCAUGAUCAAUGACUGUAAGGCCAUCUCGACUACGGGUGUCCGUCCCGCUCCGACUGCACCUGCCGCAGUUGUAACGCCCAUUAACUGA